AUGGGUUAUUCUUGGAUUCCAAUCAUGCUUCUCAUUUCUUGCAUUCUUCCAGCUUUGGUUGAGUGCAAAGUUAGGCAUUACAAAUUUCAUGUGGUGGCCAAAAAUACAACUAGAUUAUGUUCAAGCAAAUCAAUUAUAACUGUUAAUGGGAAGUUUCCUGGACCCACUCUUUAUGCAAGAGAAGAUGAUACAGUUCUUGUCAGAGUUGUUAAUCAAGUCAACCACAAUAUUACCAUCCAUUGGCAUGGAAUUAGGCAGUUGACAACAGGUUGGGCUGAUGGACCUGCAUAUGUGACACAAUGUCCAAUUCAAUCAGGACAUAGCUAUGUCUACAACUUCACCAUUACUGGUCAAAGAGGAACACUUCUUUGGCAUGCACAUGUUAAUUGGCUAAGAUCAACUGUUCAUGGUGCCAUUGUUAUUUUGCCAAAGAAAGGUGUCCCUUAUCCUUUCCCAAAGCCAGAUGAUGAACUCGUUUUGAUACUAGGAGAGUGGUGGAAAUCCGAUACCGAAGCUAUCAUCAAUGAAGCUCUAAAAUCAGGAUUGGCACCAAAUGUCUCAGAUGCUCAUACUAUUAAUGGACUUUCUGGAAAAGUUAACAAUUGUUCUACCCAAGAUGUAUACAACCUACCUGUUGAGAAUGGCAAAACAUACCUACUAAGAAUCAUCAAUGCUGCACUCAAUGAAGAACUUUUCUUCAAAAUAGCAGGCCACAAACUCACAGUUGUAGAAGUUGAUGCAACAUACACAAAACCAUUCACAAUCGAAACAAUCGUCAUCGCGCCCGGCCAAACAACAAAUGUUCUUUUAAAAGCAAACCAAAAAUCCGGAAAAUAUUUAGUCGCAGCUUCACCUUUCAUGGACGCGCCUAUCACCGUCGACAACGUAACAGCCACAGCCACAUUGCAUUACUCAGGAACUACUCUUGCAAACACUCCAACUUUUCUCACUACACCCCCUCCUAAAAACGCUACACAAAUCGCUAACAACUUUUUAAACUCGUUAAAAGGACUUAACUCGAAGAAAUACCCGGUUAAAGUGCCGUUGAAAAUCGAUCAUUCGCUGUUUUUCACUGUCGGGUUAGGAAUCAAUCCUUGUAAAUCAUGUGUCGCUGGAAAUGGUAGCCGAGUUGUAGCUGCUAUUAACAAUGUGACAUUUGUUAUGCCAACUACAGCGUUACUACAAGCACAUUACUUCAAUGUUAAAAAUGUUUUUACUACGGAUUUUCCAGCGAACCCGCCGCAUAUUUUUAACUUCACCGGAGCCGGACCUAAGAACUUGAACACUGACAGUGGUACCAAGGUUUAUAGGCUAGCAUUUAAUGAUACAGUUCAGCUUGUUAUGCAAGAUACCGGAAUCAUUGCGCCGGAGAAUCAUCCGGUUCAUCUUCAUGGGUUCAAUUUCUUUGUUAUUGGUAGAGGAGUUGGAAAUUAUAAUAGUCAAGUUGAUUCAAAGAGUUUUAACCUUGUCGAUCCUGUUGAAAGGAACACAAUUGGCGUGCCGGCUGGUGGUUGGGUUGCAAUUAGAUUCCGAGCUGAUAAUCCUGGAGUUUGGUUCAUGCAUUGCCAUUUGGAGGUGCAUACAACAUGGGGUCUAAAGAUGGCAUUUUUGGUGGACAAUGGGAAAGGACCUAAGCAAUCAGUGAUACCACCACCAAAAGAUCUACCAAAAUGUUGA